AUGACCCAAACACAAGAACGCCCGCGCGUGACCCUCGCGCAGGGCACGGUCGUCGGCGCCCGCGAGACGGGCGAGUUCCCCGGCGUGCUCGAGACGUUCAAGGGCAUCCCGUACGCCCUGCCGCCCACGGGGGACCGGCGCUUCCGCCCGCCGGUCAAGGUCCCGGCCGCCAGUCCCGACACCAUCAUCGACGCCUCGCAAUGGGGUCCGCGGGCGUACGCGAAGCAGUUCAUCAUCACGGGGCCCUCGCUGCCGGAGAGCGAGGAUUGCCUGACCGCCAACAUCUUCCGGCAGGAGAUAUCGCCAGCCGCAAGCCAAGAUGGCGAGAGCAAGAAGGAGAAGAAGCUGCUGCCCGUGGCCAUCUACAUGCACGGGGGCGCGUUCAACCGGGGCAACGCGGCGAUGCACAACUCGGCGGCGAUGGUGGGCUGGGCCGCCGAGCCCUUCAUCUGCGUGUCGUUCGGGUACCGCAUCGGGGCGCUGGGGUUCCUGCCGUCGGCGCUGAGCGCAAAGGAGGGCGCGCUGAACCUGGGGCUCAAGGACCAGAUCUGCCUCAUGGAGUGGGUGCAGGAAAACAUCCACCACUUUGGCGGCGACAUGGACUCGGUCACGUUGUUUGGGCUGUCGGCGGGUGCACACUCGAUCGGCCACCACCUUCUCGACUACGAGCCCGGCAAGAAACCCCUGUUCCACCGAGUCAUCAUCGAGUCCGGCAGCCCGACCUCGCGCGCGGUGCGACACUACGACAGCACGAUCCAUGAGAAGCAGUUUGCCGACUUCCUCGCCGCCGUGUCGCUGCCGGCCGGCACGCCCGAGCCCGAGAUCUUCCCGUACCUGCGCUCUUUACCCGUGACCACCAUCGCCGCGGCCCAGACGCAGGUGUUUGGGGCCUACAACCCUUCUCUGCGGUGGGCCUUCCAGCCCGUCAUCGACGGCGAGAUCAUCCGGCGCGCCCCGAUGGACACGUGGCGCCAGGGCUUGUGGCACCGCGGUAUUCCCAUCAUGACGGGCCACACGACCAACGAGGGGGCCAUCUACGUGAACCGCAAGAUGGGCACGGACGCCGAGUUUGUGUCGUUCUGGAAGACGCUGCUGCCCCAGCUCACCGACGACGAGGACAUCCCCAAGAUCAAGGCGCUGUACCCGGACCCGUUGGCCGAGACGGGGCAACCGGGACAAGACAAGUACGCCGAGAGGCGGCGCGGGUGUGUCGAGAGCGGCGAGAUUGGCGAGCAGUUCAAGCGCAUCGAGGCCGCAUACGCGCAGUACGCGUACAUCACGCCCGCCAAGCACACGGCGUACCUGGCGACCAACCCGGACCAGGAACAAGUGCCAGGACAGGGGACUGUGGUGCCGCCCGUGUAUGUGUACCACUGGGCGCUCGAGUCGGACGUGAUUGGCGGCGCCAAGCACGGCGACAACAUGGCCUUCGAGGCGCGCGACCCGAAGCGCAGGGGCGUGUCGCCCUCCCAGGACGCCAUCUCGGCCGUGCUGCACGCCUACGUGACGAGCUUCAUCUGCCACGCGGGCGACCCGAACGUGAUCCGCACGGCGGUCCGGAGCAGACCCGUGUGGGAGACGUAUACGCGGGACAAGCCGAUGUUGAUGAAGUUUGGCGAGAAGAACAAGGAGCUGGUGGGAGGGGCAGUGGAUGGUGGCCACCCAGCCGAGCUGGAAGAGGAUCGCAGCCGGGAUGAGUGUGAGUUCUGGUGGAGCAAGGUUGACAUCUCGUCGUUGUAA